AUGUGGCAAGUUAGCCUCACCCAUCGCGAUUAUACUGGUUGGGACAUAAGAGCUUCUAUCUUGCAGCCAGCGGCCCUCUCAACUCUACUUUGCAUCGGUGGUGUGAUUGAGAUCGAAGUCCUCCUCGCUCGAUGCAACCGCUCGUACAGAUCGCGAAAUCGAAAGCAAUUCAAGGCAGACAGCAUCAACCCGAAACAAUAUUCCAGAAAAUGUGCGGCUCAACCGGGCAGGCAUCUACCAAAUAUCGAAGCACAGACGAAUGGUCUAGGCUUCUGGAUCCGCCCCGACGAUGAAAGAAACUGUGGCAGUGAAGGAGAAGUCACAUCAGGCUGGUGGAUUGAGGAGUUUGGACCACAAAGCCUGACUCAUGACCGGAUGCGAGAAAGGUACAGGAGAACAAGGACAUCCUGGAUGGAAAAACGGAGAGAAUAUGGACAAAGAGAGGCCGAUACUGGUGCCAAUGCGCAGCGACAAGGGCUGUGGCCAAUGCGAUACGGUCAAUUUCAGCUGAGCUUGCAAAGCGCUAAACAGGACUCUGAUCAGAUUGGCAAGGUCGCUAUUCAAUAUGGAGUAAUGAUGACCAGGUUUCUACUUCGUAUACUCGUGUCUGACACCAAUGAAUUUGUUGAGCUUCAGCGCGGAGAGGAAGACAGAGAAUUCCAAAUCCAAAUUUGGAAUUCCGGACCACUUCUCUAA